AUGAAGAUUGUUCCACCGAUGCAAGGUUCCACAACUAGUGAUUCUGAUGGCUACGGUAAACUUUCCCAAUUGAUCCCCUUUUCCCAAAUGGGUACCGCUGCAAAGACCACACUGGAAGAGUCACGCCAUUAUACCACCCUAACCUCCUCAAAGGCACCCACCAUUGACCCAAUCUACUAUAGUGCUGCUCCGGGUUCUACCCAAACUGGGUCUAUGAUAACAGGUGGGGCAUCAGAUCCUACUAAUCCUCCGCCUAGUCCCUUUUCUUCCUAUCAACCACUUCUAGGGCCCUCUCCACCCUAUCAACAAGGUGAAUUCUUUCCAUCUGGAAACCACCAGCAACAGCAUCUACAACAGUCUUCAGCUUCUGUCGUCUCUUCUUCCAUGAAUUAUUCCAUCGGCCACCCACCUCUCCGUCCAAUGAGUCACGCAAGUCUUCCCGGUGCAACUGGAAAUUUCACUUAUUCUGAUGCCUAUCAGUCUCAUCCUGACUAUCCGUCGUCUUUCUCAAUGACCAGCAAUAUCUAUCCCCCACCUCCGCUACCAAGCUUCAAUUCCUCAUCACGAUCAACUACCAGUGGCUUUAACCCAUCGCUAGUGUUCCCUGACUCGACUCAGCCUACUUCGGUAGCAAAGAUGGAUUCGCCUCUUACUGGUAGGAGUAUGGUUUCGGCUGCCACUCCCCAUCACCAAAGAUUUUAUGGUCCAGCACCGGAUGCAACGCCUUUGCAACACCAACAGUUUAUCCCGACGAACCAACUGACACCUCACAGAGCUACUACGUCGCCAAAUGCUGUGGCAGCCGCACCUUCAAGUACGGGUAGUGGUACAGCUCAACGUGGACCUAGGAGAACAACAGGCAAACGUCGAAAUACUGCAUCGAUUCCCAGCUGCACCUCCUUUACUCAAGGGACGGAUUCUGAAGGGGGUAAUUCCCUAGAUGGUCGGGAAGAUGAGACACCAGAACAGAGGGAUGCUAGGGAAAGAAAUCGUCGACAAGCAAAUAAUGCUAGAGAAAGAGUUCGUGUUCGUGAUAUCAACGAUGCUUUCCAGGAAUUGGGCAAAAUGUGCUCCCAGCAUCUGAAUUUGGAUAGGGCCCAGACGAAGUUAAACAUUCUUCAGCAAGCGGUUGUGCUCAUUUCACAAUUAGAACAAAAAGUUCGAGAAAAAAAUGUGGAUCCGAAGCAAGCUUCCUUGAGAACUCGGGUUGAACAGAGGGCUGACGCUCAUCCUGUUGCUGCAGGCGUCGAAACUCCUGGAAUGUAUGGCUAUACGUCGACAGCAGCGCCAAAUCAAAAUGGUGAUUUCUCCUAUAGCCCUUAUCAACAGCAACACCAAGAAUGGAUCCCCAUUCAAAGUUCGAGUAACUACCUGAACCCUCUUCCAACGUCCUCCGAUGGUAGUGACACACUCCCUAGAAAAAGAACUCGUUCAGCCCUCAUGACAGCGACGCAGCAGCCAUCAACCAGUCACGGAACAGCAUCUGGGUCAUCUUUGAGGUCUUCAGAUGAAGGAGAAAAUUUUGUUGCGAAUGACGAGGGUGCUUUGGGGAAGGGGGAGGGUUGCUGA